AUGUUUGCAAUGGAGUUUGCACAGCCUGACUACGACUGGGAUGAUGGUGCCUACCAAAACAGCAUCGAGUUCACAUUUAAAAAGAGCGUCUUCUUUGCUGAUAACUAUGUUGUCUGUCUUGGCUCUGGUAUUACCUCUUCAGGUAGCAGUAAGCACAUCACUCAGGUAUAUUCUUUUUACGUACAAUAUGAAUUAAAAUAUUUUAACAAGAAAAGGAAUUUAGUUACAUGUUAAUAAUUACUUAAAGGUUUGGCUGGUGUGGCUUCCAAUGAAGUCACAUUUUCAAGAAAAGGUAAUCAACGCCGAUUACUUCACCAUAUUGUUACAAAAGAGGAUCCCCAUUGGCGAUGCAUUUACUAUAGCCCUCGCGAAUCAACGACAGGUGAAGAUCGCUAGCGUUAGCCAAACAGAAAAGGCUACUGCAAGUUGGCGAGAUGUUGUAAUAUUUCAUUCAUUUGUCUUGUGCUUGUUUGUACUUUAUAGACCUCUUUGUUUCAAGACAAACUACUGGACCCGGACAAUCCAUCUUCAAUCUAUAUAAAACAGUCAUCACACUCCCUCAGUACAGACUUAACUAAACAGCCUUCUUUCUUUGACGGAGCGAACAAACCUUCAGCUUAUCUUCUUGAUGUGAAUGGUAAUUCUUGUCAUAAUUCAUGAUUGAACUCAUUUACCGCACAGACUGAAAGGAUGAUUAGAUAUCAAUUGACAAUUAAUAACAAACUUCCCCCUCAAAAAUUUCCAUUAUUUAUCGAAGUCUUGACUGUUGAAUAAAGGAGAAUAAAUCCGUCUAUUGAAUUUUUAUAUGGCAUAUUUAGACUGUCUGCCCAGAUACUUUUGGCGGGAAAAAAUUUAAAUCGAACUAUCAUGGAUAUCAAGUAACCUUGCCGUAGCAAAUACAAGGGAGGAAUGCUUGGGGGAAAAUAACUAUAUUUAUUAACCUACCAUUUGCUCAAAAGAGCGCUGACCCGAAAAAGCGACUCACUAAGCAGCAACAAAUAUAAGGGACAGUAGUCAUGCUUCAGCAAAAUUAACCCCAUUUUGGAUUUCCCUUGGAUUUCCCGCAUACUAAUUAAGUGCCUUCCCUUAAUUAAUAUGUAUAACGGUGGAGUCCAUGACGUCAGCCAUUGUUAUAACCUAGGGAAAAAGUGCCUUCCUCCAUACUAAUGAGGGUCUUCCUGCAUACUAAUUCGGUAUACGUUUACCAAUGAGCGUCUCUCUACUUUAAUAGAAACAAUAGGCUUGCCCGUUAAGUAACUUGAGCCUGGUUUGAACGUCUAUUAAAAGCAACAAUAGGAAUAAGAAAGCGAUCACCUAGCAACGCGAGAAACGGCUUCCAGAAGAGAGAUACCGUUAUAAAGACGUUAUUAAAAAACAAUUACAAAAAGAAUCAAAUACACGGCGAUUUCAAGCGGAUAGAAAUCAAUUCAUCUUCAAUUCAUCUUCCAAGUUACAUUGUGGAGUAUUUUAAAUUGCUUAUAUAAUAAUACGUCAAGGUCCUCCCUUGGGUCUUUCCUGUAGAGGUAAUUUGUAUUCAACUUUGGGCUUGCGAACUCGCAUAAUUAACUGACUAACGGUGCGUGAAACGCUGAGACUGUAAUAGUUUUUCUUUUCCUCGAGAUAGAUAGGAGAAAACGUCAGACAAAGUUGAAAUAGAGAGUUUUCAGUUCUAUUUUGUGUAUGUGUUUUGUUUAUAUAUAUCCGAGGUUUAGCUCUAAAUAAGAUAUAGGAAGCCGUUUCUCGCGUUGCUAGGUGAUCGCUUUCUUAUUCCUAUUUUUGCUUUUAUUAGACGUUCAAACCAGGCUCCAGUUACUUAACGGGCAAGCCUAGGCAAGCCUAUUGUUUCUAUUGAAGUAGAGAGACGCUCAUUAGUAAACGUAUACCGAAUUAGUAUGCAGGAAGACCCUCAUAAGUAUGGACAUAGUUAGUACUACUAACUAUGGUAUGGAGGAACGCACUUUUUCCCUAGGUUAUAACAAUGGGUGACGUCAUGGACUCGACCGUUAUACAUAUUAAUUAAGGGAAGGCACUUAAUUAGUAUGCGGGAAAUCCAAGGGAAAUCCAAAAUGGGGUUAAUUUUGCUGAAGCAUGACUACUAGGGACUUAUAACACCCGGAGAAAAAACCUCUCGGAGAAAAACAAACUCAUCCCACAGAAUGCGUCAACGCGGGCGUGCUCUCACCACUGUACUAGCCGUGCCCGAUCACGAUGAAUUUCUCUGAUUGUUCGUUCGUGUUUAAUACGUUUGUUACAGGAAAUGGUUAUUACAUUCCCAAAGCAACUGAACAAGGACUUAACGUUAAAGUCAGUCUCCAAACGUCCAGGAACCACAGAGGGAAAAAGGACACUUCAGCAAGAUAUGCAACAGCUUGGCUUGACCAUGGAGCAAAUGCAACGGCUAAGGGCUAUGAAUACGCAAUUCUUGUCGGCACCCAACUGAGUGAACUUCAGGUACUGAAUACGUUUAAUGUAAAAUAUAUAUCAGUUGUCAAGUAUCGUCCUCAUAAAUGUCUUUCCUCGUUGAAAAACCACAAUGUCAUUUUUUGAUCAAUUUAUUGGAAAAGAAAGUACUGUUGGCUUGCUUUUUUGCUUUUGUAGGCAUUUGCUACACAACAAACGGUGUAUGAAGUGAUCCACAAGGACAAUAAUGCUCACGCAGUUAAGUUUAAUAAUUUCCCGAGACAGAACGAAAAUCAGUGGGGAUAUGCAUUCUUCCACAAAUCUGCUCGCACUCCCGGUCCUGUAAGACGCGUUACCAAGGUAACUAUAUCAUAAUAGGUUUUACAGCCAUUGCCCUACUCGUAGCUUCGGGAAAGAUUUGAAAAGGACCCUGGGAGCAAGGCUGGUCCUUAAUUAAGGGAGCGCAUGAUCCAUUCACCAUCGCUUAUUAUAUCAACAAAACAAGUUUAUUAGAUGCAGCUUUGCACUUUGUCUUAGAAGAAAAUAUCCCUCUUGCCUUUAUCAGUUUAUUAUACAAAGUUAUUAUCUUUUUCCCACAGCAUCCGACUCUGGUGAUGUUUGAAGAAGACGACGAAAACAACGUGUACGUUUCUGUGUCGUAUCCAAAUUUAAAUUUCAACAUCAGUGAACCUUUGACAACCGGUAACCGAGUCAGUGGUCAGGAACGCUUCUACUCGGUCAGCACGCCAAUAGACAUUGAGGUAGGAAUAACGUAAUGCGUGCAAACCACUCAAUUUACAUAACUAACUCAUUUGUUCGCAAAAUGAAAAAUAAAUUGAUGAAUAAUUGAUUAAAACAAUGACAUAAGGCAAAGUGAAAAAAAACCCAGAAAACGGGGGACAUAGCUGCGGUGCUGGUUGUCAAUUUUUGCAGUCCUUUCCAAAAUUAAAGCAAUGAAAUGUUCAGUCACAAGGGAAAAAGGUAAAACUUGGCCUAGACGCACUGUUGAACUUUUGGUCAAAACUGGCGGAGGCAUGGAUUUGGAAAUGUUCACGCCAAAAAUGUCCAAGAAGAGCUUGGUGUUCAACGGGAUGUGGGAGGCGAUCUGUACCCCACCUACCCCUCCCUCCCUUUGGUUAUCGUUAGGCUGGGCUUCUCAUGUGUUUAAAAAGACAACAAUAACUCACUAACCUUAACCUAAUUUACCUGCUAGUGUAGACCACGUGACUUACCGAGUGCCGUCUUAUUUAAGUUCUUGCGGGAUUCUACAUCUACAUCUACAUCUACAUUUAUUAAGUUGAUAAAAUCUUGUAAGACAUCACAUCAACUUCUUUCUUUUUAGGUAUUGUACGAAAAGAUAGAGAUAAUUUAUUAAACCACAUUAUCUUUUCUUUGGUUAUUCUGUAUCAGGUGUUUUUCCCAAAAGACGUCGAGGUCAGUAUCGGUGAUGUCAGGGUGAAUGGUGAAAUUGUACCACAAGGUGAAAGAGGUGAUCAUGUAGGGGCCAUUCCAAGAGGAAUGGAUCCUAACAGCACAAAAUCACGUCGAAUCAAAUUCAAAGGUCUGUCUAAAGGAUUCAGUAAAGAAGUGAAACUCAGGAGACCUUCUAAAAAAGGCAAACAUUGA